AUGGACCCGCUUCUCACAGCAGUCCUGUGGAUCGUGGCAGGAAUUGCGGCAUUCAUCGCGCUAUUGUGCCUCUGCUCACUGAGCCACCCGACGCUUCCGCCGCGAACAUACUACGACGACGAGCAUUUGGCAUUCGCCGAGUGCUACACUCUGGGGGAUACACUUUACCGUGGCGACGGUCAGUACCCGAUCUACGAAGCGAUCCCGCAGGCCCAGCGCGGUCGAUUUGUCGUGCAAGUAAUCACGCCAGAGACGGUUGGUGCUGUCAUGCGCGGACCAAUGACGCCUGCGGCCUGGGACGACGUCAAGCUCGCGCACUUAAUGGCCAAGCAAAAGUGCAUCAAGCAGCGCCAGGAGCCUAGUUCAAUCCCCGCUGAGGAAAGGUUCAAGGUGCUAUGGCUCAAGACAUUCGUUGACGAAAACGCUGUAUAUCGUGUGUCCCAGUUUAAUAAGCGCGCCAAGUACAAGACGGGCAGCCUCGAGCCACCCUUACCCGUGCGGCAUCAUUCGCAACGCCCGACGUCGAUUGGUUUUUGCUGCGACCUUUGCUGCGAAUGCUGCUUUACGUGACAUGGUUUUGGCAAGACAGACCACUCGUUACCAAGAGGACGAAGCCCCGUUCUUCUUAUCAAUUACAAGGAAACCCUCGUUUAUACUAGUAUCAUAAACUACACGCCUAUGCAUCCAUUUCAG